AUGGUGACCAAAAAGAAGGCACGGAAAAACGAAGAUUUCAAAAAAGUCAAGCUGAAGGUGGGAAAAAAGCUGAAAAAAACGACGACCACCGACACGACUAUCAAAGCAAAACGAGUAGUAUUGGCGACUCAGUUGGAGGAAAAAGUGGAAACAGAUGAUAAUCCACUUAGUUUCCGUGGUCUAACGCUCGAUGAGCUCUGCAAGCAGAUGGGGCACUUUAAUGCGAAAGUGAAAAUGAACGCUAUUCAAGGACUAAAACAGAUUUUAACGUCUCGCCCGGAUCUUGUCAACGUCCAGUUGAGGCUUUUGGUUCCCUGCGUGGCUGUGCACGUGGCUGACGCUUCUUUCGAGCCCUCCACACGUCAGAAUCUACUGAAUCUCUACAAAAUUCUGUGUACAGCUUCAAUUCAAGCAAUGUCGGCUCAUAUCACACUUUUCCUGUCCCACGUGCUCCGCGCUCUAACGAAUAUCGUCACAGAAGUCCGCCACCUCGCACUGAGCACACUUUCGGUGCUUCUCGAUCGAUAUCCGAGCCUUUGCCGGAAUCAUGCCGAUCUCUUCCCCUGUUUUAUCAAUUAUCUGGGCAGUUCGAAGCGUCUGGCGUGGAAUAAGCCGGGAUUAAUCGAUACAAUUCUCAAUUUCAUCAAUAUUUACGAUAUAAAUCGAGAACGACACGUGGAUCCUUCCACCCUGGAAAUCCGAUUCGAAAAUGAGAAAAUCGAGGGAAAAAGUGAUUUGAAACGAGUUUUUGUGCAGAAUCCCGACGUGAGCCCAUUCGAAUUUGGAGUUGUGAGCUCAUCGAAAUCCAAUGCAGUUUCACCAUUUGAGCUGCCGGAUGCUUUGCUCAAUUUGGCAAAUGUACUGGCGCCAAUUAUUUCAAAUAUCGUUCUGGAAGACGCUGGUGGUCAAUUCAUGAUUCAAGGUGUGAAGCUGAUCGAAUCAAUCGUCAGAGGAGCUGAAAAUCAGCCGAAUGACUUUUUGCUCAAGGAUUUUCGUAAACAAGUUCACGGAUCAAUGUCAGCUGUACGUAUUGCAAUUUCGAAGCGUCACGGAAAAAGCGACAGAUUUCGGGCCGCAGCCACGUGGAUUUUGGACUAAAAUGCCCAUAGGGCAGCACCACUAGGACCCUUCCCCCCUCUUCCCGACUCCGCUUUUUAAUUUUUUAAAGUUAAAAAUUUUCUAGAAUUUUAUUCGUUGUAAGCAAAUUUUUAGAAGAAACUGGCUUAAAAUUUCGGUUUUCGGAUUUUAUAGCCCUUUUUUAAUGGAAAUUUAGUGAAAAUCAAAGAAAAUUAGGAAAUAAGAUUUCUUUUUUGAGCACAAAUUCCGUUUUUCUCUCAAAAAAAAAAGAAUUUUUUAGAAUUUCUCUGAUUUUGAGCAAAUUUUCAGAACGAUCCGGUUGCUAGAAUUUAAAAAUUUAUUAUUUUUCCGGAAAAGACCCUAAAAUCGAGUUUUUCCUUUUGUAUUGUCAAAAACAAAAAUUUUCCCAAUUCAUUCGUUUAUCACUGCAACUUUUUUUGAACGAUGGCCGCGGAAAAAAUGGGGAAAAAAGCGUGUUUGUACACCUCAUCUUACGAAUAUUGCGGACUUAUUACUGUAGCUAGUGAAAAAUUAGUUUUUAUCCAUGAUUAUUUAUUAAAUAAAUAUAUAAAAGUUUAAA